UAAAAUCAUGUGUUUUAAGUAAGAAAUACAAAAAAAAAUUCAACAAUAUAAUGAUGUUAUAAAAAUCUCCGCACGUGUGUUAGUUAUAUUUUUAAAAAUUGUUUGUGAUUUUUUUCAAUACCAGUUUUUGUGUAAAUAUUUCAAAGACGUUUUUUUUUUUAAAACACAAUCAAAAUGCCGAAAGCUGCUGAAGAUGAUUUAGAAGAUAUGAUGGGGAAUUUAGGUGAUUUUGGGCGCUACCAAGCAUGGCAAUUCUCCUUACACAUAAUAUCAGCAGUAACCGCUGGAAUGCAUAUGUUGUCUUUAGUGACUGUAGCAGCUGUACCUGAUCAUAGAUGUGCAAUACCAGAAAUAGAUAAUAUGUUUAUCAACGAUAGUACAAUUAACCCAUAUUUACCACACAAUUCCACUGAUAUCUUAAGUCAAUACAUUCCAUUAUCACCAUCUGGCGUGUUAGAUUCAUGUUAUAAAUACAAUGGAACUAUUGAGGAUAACAUUACCGUACCGUGCACAUCAUGGGUCUAUGACACCACCUAUUAUCAAUCCUCUCGUGGUAUGGAAUGGAAUUUCGUAUGUAAUCGCCGCUGGAUGGGAGCCAUCGCACAAUCUGCAUAUAUGUUAGGUGUAUUCUUUGGAGCAGUUACUCUGGGUGGAUUAGCCGAUAAAAUUGGCCGUAAAACUGUAUUCUGUUGGUCGGCAACAUUACAAUUAGUAUUAGGUGUUGUAGUAGCUUUUAUGCCAGAAUAUUUUAGUUUUUUGGUGGUUCGUUUCUUUUACGGUGUUUUUGGAUCUGCGGGUGCAUAUAUACCAGGGUUUGUAUUAACCAUGGAAAUUGUUGGACCAAGUAAACGUACAAUAUGUGGAAUUGCAUUUCAAGCUGCUUUUGCCGGUGGUUUAAUGUUAGAUGCAGCUUGGGGUGCUUUAAUUAAAGAUCGAAUGAUUUUACAAGUUGUUUAUGGAUUACAUGGAGUAUUUCUUUUCUUCCAUUGGUGGUUAAUGGAUGAAUCACCACGCUGGUUAUGGGCUCAAGGUCGUGUCAAUGAAUCAGUGGCAAUUGUUGAGAAAGCUGUUAAAAUGAAUAAACGUGGAAUACCGUUAGACACAGCUCAUUAUAUAUCACGUGGAAAAAUAUUGGCUAGUCGAAAGGAUUCUUCAAACGAAAAAACGGUUGGUGCGAUGGAUUUAUUCAAAACAAAAAAUAUACGAUACAAAUCAUUAAAUAUUUGUUUGUGCUGGUUCGCAAACUCUCUGGUAUAUUAUGGUUUAUCUUUGAGUGCUGGUAAACUACAAGGAAAUCCAUUUGUAAUUAUGUUUGUUUCGGGUUUAGUAGAGAUGCCAAGUUAUACGGCAAUUGUAUUACUUUUGGAUCGAUUAGGACGACGACCGCUAAUUAGUUUUAUGAUGUUAACGGGGGGAAUUUGCUGCAUAGUAGGAACAUAUUUAACACAGGGUAGUAUAGAGGCUACUUCGAUUAUUAUGUUAGGUAAAUUCUUCAUAGCUGGAUCAUUUGCAAUUAUUUAUAACUAUUCAGCUGAACUAUUCCCAACGGUUCUUCGUAACACGGGAUUAGGUAUUGGGUCGAUGUGUGCCCGUUUAUCAGGCACACUAACACCAUUAAUUACACUAUUAGAUUCAUUUGAUCCAAAAAUGCCAUCGAUUAUUUUCGCGUGUAUUGCACUAUUAUCGGGAUUCUUAACAUUACUAUUACCGGAAACUAUGGGACAACCAAUGCCACAAUCUAUUGAGGAUGGUGAAAAAUUCGGAGCUGGAGAUACAUGUUUCACAACAGGAUUUGGAAGACGUCGAAGACCUCGACGGACUAGUUCAAUUUCACCAGAAAUUAAAGCUGAGCAUUUGGUUCCUUUAGAUAAUAUGAAUAAAUAGUUUUAAACAUAUUUCGGUGAACGUGUUUCAAACGGAAUAUCAGGGUUUUAUUUAAGUAAUACUUAAAUAAAAAUAUUAAUUUCAAAAUUUUGAUCUUUUUGAAAAUAUUAUUAUUGCAUCCUACUGUAAUCUAAAGUUAUUUAAGCUUUAUAGCUUAGACAUAAAACUUUUUUCUCUAUGUCAGUUUUCAUUUUUGUACAUAUGAAAGUUUCUAAAGCAUGUAUUUUAAAAACAAAAGAAUUAAAACAUAGCUUAAUUAUUCUCAUGGAAUAUAAGUGGAAUUUUAAUUAUUAUCAUGGAAUAUUCCGUGAAUUUUCAUAUAAAACGAAUAACUAAGCCUAUGAGCUAUUUCAAUUGUUUUUUUUUUUUAAACUAAAUGAUAAAACUAUAAUCUUUGUCGAACGGUUUUACAACUUUGACAGAAACAAUUGUAACUAAAUUAAUCUAGAUUUAUUCAGAAGCUGUGAAUCGAUUCGUAAACGAUUUAUGAUAAUCUUGCUGAAUGGUACAGCAAUUUACUGAUCGUGUUUGAUACUUUCCUACUUGCAGAUUGACACCAUAUUGACCGAGAUAUGACAGUGACAAUUUUACAAUUUUUUAUGAAGUAUCAUAGCCGAUAAUAAUAUGGGAUCAUCGCACAGUGGUUUCAUCAUAGGACAAAAAUAAAAAAUCGUGUUUAAUGUGUUUAUUUUUCAUAUAGGUUUUUAUUUCACCCUCGAAUACUCUUGAUUAAAAAAGUUCCGUAAAUUUUUUUAUGAUAUAUUAGAUAUAACCUUCCCAUGGAUGAAUUAACUUGAAUCUCACCCCCGUCGAUCCCUCAUUUGGUGGAAUUACACAUCAUAUUGGGUAAAAAUUCCUUUUAAAAUAAGCCACCGAAACUUGUUUGAUAGUUCGUAAAUUCCAUUACAUAUUUUGAAAAAUCUGUGUCCUAGCAGAUAAAGCCAUCACUGGCGCAGACUAAAAGCUUUUAUAAGAGUGCGUUACCACUUUUAUCCCUUUAAGCUAUGCUCACAAUAGCCAAAAGUUGUUAAAAACCUAAAUAAAAGCCUUUAGCCUUUAAGCCAGGCACCAGUAGGUAUCCAUCAUUGGCGUAGCCAAGAAAUUUUCAAGAUUUUCCCACUUUGCCUCCCUUUGUAGCUACAUUCACGGUAUUUAUUUUCAAAAAAACCUAUAGGAAUAAAAAAGAAAAAUUUUUCCUCAAAAAAUAUUCUCUAAAGAGAUUUUAUAUUUUUGCCCUACCUUUACGUGGGCGAAAAACCACUGUACACUAAUUAGAUUUCAAACACGAUCAGUAAAUAUUGUCAGAUCCGUGAUCGCAUUAGCAUUAACGCGAUGACUAUGAUCGUAAACUUCUACUGAAUAUACUCAAAGUUAGCACCUGUAAAUUCCCAUUUUUGUACGAUAAAUGAAUAUCAUACAGCUAAUUGUUUAAUAUAUGUAAACUAUUUGUACAAUAAUUUAUUGUCAAUAAAUAAAUAUUGAUUCAUUAUAA